CUCUUCUCUUCUCAUUCUUUUGGCUUGAAAAUGGAUUGGGCGGGAGAUCUCGCUUCGAAUGCUGGCAAUCCGACUCGCCUCGGCCAGAAGCGUCCGUACGACGACGACGGCACCACCCAGGGCUUGCAAGAUCACGCGUCCGAGUCGAUUCCAAUGGACGUUGCGGCAGCAGCAGGCGUCGCCCAGCCAGGAGGAGCGCAGGAGAAGCGCGCAAGGAUUGAAUCGACGAAUGCCUCUUCGACCUAUGGCGCGAACACUGCUGAUGCUGCUGCUGCUGCUGCUGCAGGUCUAGCACCCACCAGUAAUGCGCAUCAAGAACAGCAACCGACAGCGGCAACGCCGGCGAUCGCGGCCCCUGCGGCUGCUGCGAAAUUUGCGCUCGAAUCCUACAUCAAUUCAGCGAUGGCGCAGGUCAACGCCGUGCUCGACCGCGUUGUUGCCGGAGCGCCGCUGCACUCGCUGUGCACAACGCUGCUGAAUGCCGUCGUGACCUACCGCGAGCGUGGCAGGCUUGUGGGCGAGAUUUUCGCCGAGCUGCCCACUCCGCUCGAGCUCCCAGACUACUACGCCGUCAUUGGCAACCCGAUGGACACGGUCACCCUUGGGGCGCGCGUCGGAUCAACCGCGGCGAAAUGCUCGUACUCGACCUUUGCGGCGUUUGACAACGACAUGAUGAAGGUGUUUGUCAACGCGGAAUACUACAACAAGAGCGGCUCGACCAUCUAUCGCGACGCCGGCAAGCUGCGCAAAGCCUACGAGACCACAAAAAGUGCGCUGGCCACGACUGUGCUGGCAUCGCCCGCAGCAUGGACGAACGCCAAUGUGGCUUUUGCGGCGACGGCCGUCACGCCCAUGAUGGCGCAAUCACCCCGGAGUAGCAGCAGUAGUAGUAGUAGCAGCACCAAGCAAAAGGACCGCUUUUCAACCCCUCCAGCCGCCAGCUCUCGUGCCACCCGCCAGAACAUUCCUGGCAGUGCAGGCGGUGCAGGCAGCGCUGGAGAAGAGAGUGACAUGAUGGACACGAGCUCUGGCAGCAAGUCCGCCGACGCUGCUGCGGCUGCCGCCGAAAAGGGCGCCUCCUGGCACACAACCACUGCGCGUAUCGUCAAGCUCAUCCGCCGGUGUCUGGGGUGCAUUGCUGAAAUCGCCUCUGCCGUGUCCUCAGAGGACAGUCACACGUUUGCCAAGUCCAUCCUGUUUGUGCCGUCCGCGCAAGAGCAUCCUGGCUACCACCAGCUGUACGCGCCAGAUCCGCCGCUCGAUUUCAUUGCCAUUCGGAAGCGUGCUGGCGCAGGCCAGUACGAUUCCUUCGAGAGUCUGUUGAAUGACAUUGUCACCAUGUGCGACGCGCUGCAGCGGUACUAUGGCGCCGACUCUUCACAGGGCGCGGACGCGGCUGCCGUGCGUGCCGUUGCCCGCGAGCGCACGCGAGACGCUCGCCGUCGCUACAUGCGAAUGUACAAGCAGGCGAACGCACCCCUCAUUCCCAACGAGAACGAGUACGGCGUGCGUUUGCAGCCGUCGCCCACCAGCACCACCACGGCUGGGUCGCUCACCAUCCUGAAUGAAGAGGCGCUGCGGGAGCUGCUGUCCGAAGCUACCCACGAAGAGGUGGCCUCGGACGUGUUCCCUGGCGGUCGCACUCGCACAGAAUCGCGCCGGCCGACAGACCGCACGGCGCAACCGUCCCCUGGCAACGCGAUGGAUACAACGUCGUCGUCGUCGUCGUCGUCGGCCGCCACAACUGCUUGCUCUGAUGCCGGCGUCGACGGCCUGCUGGAUUCCAAGCGCUUGCUCCAGUGUGCCAUGUACGAUUUGUGCGCAGUCCUCGAAGCAGCAACCGUCGACGACGAAGACGAGCAACACCCUGGCCAACUGGCAAAGCGCCGGCUGAUUGAGGACUUUGUUGUGCUCCCCACGCCGGACGAGCUGCCCGAGUACUAUACCAUCAUCACCGAGCCCAUUGACCUCAGCACAAUCAAGGCGCGCAUCGAGGAGAAUGCGUACUCGUCCUUUGCUGCUUUCCGACACGAAAUCUUUCUCAUGUUUCACAACGCACGCAUCUUUAACGAGGCCGGGUCGACCAUCUUUGAGGACUCCGUCGCCUUGCAAAAGCUCUUUAUUGAGCAUGCCAAUCGUCGCUUUGCGCCGGGCGUGGGACAUAUUCCCUUUACCGAUGUUGACUUUGAGCGGGAACUCGUGAUUGAGGCCUUGCUGACAGACUCGACGCCCGAUGCCUGCUUUUCCCCGCCAGACGGCACGCUUCCGGAAUUGGACCGGCUGCAAGCACUCCAAGAUGCUGCGUCCAAGCGAGGGGCUGGCUCUUCCAGCCAUCGCAAAGAGCGCAAGGCCACCGCGGCUGCGGCUGCUGCCGAACAAGAGGAGGAAGAGGAGGAGCGCGCCGGGGCUGCCGCUGCGACCUCUGGCAAUGCUUCUGAGGGCAAUGGUAGCAGCACUGCGCCUGCUGCUGCUGCUGCUACUGCUGCUGCUGAUGCCAACGGUCUUGCAAACAAGCUGUCCGUUCCGCAGCAGAUUCAAGAGGUGUUGGCCAAGUACGCUGCCUCGCAAGGCCUGGUUGAGGUCGAGAGCGCCACUCUCCGUGGCAUCCUUGUCAAGAAGGACGGCUAUGUUCGAAUUAAUCACGGAAAGUGCUACUUGCCUCGUGUCAUCUGGGUGGAGAACAUUUACCGCUACACGCCACCAGGUGCGGACGCUGCUGCCCAGCCGCGUUACUACAUUUGGGGCUCGCCCUUCUUGUACCCUCACGAGACGUACCACCUGGUCAAAACCACCUUCCUUGCCAACGAAAUCUUCCGUGGGCCUGCUGCCACUGCCCGUUGGUACCACAGCGACCUCAUUUUAAGCGAGUGCACGAUCGUCUUCACCAAAGAGUGGCUGCGGGACAUGCGCCCACCCGGUUUUGCUCCCGCCGACGUAUUUUGCUGCGACGGCCGGUACAAUGAAAAGUCUCGCACCAUCCAACGGAUCAAGACUUGGAACACGACUCAAGACCAUCUUGUUCCGUCGCCCGAAAACGAAUCCCAGCUGAACUCUGUCUUGUAUACCAAGUAUCCGUCGCUCCAUGCAAUGACCAAUGAAACGAUGCCGCUCUUCCUGCAGGAUAUCAGGCACGAGUUGGCGCAAACUCAAGCAAAUGCGAAUGAGAUUGAUUUCCGAGUAUUGCCCGUCAAUUUUCAGCGAUUUGUUGUCGGCGAAGUUGUGUACUUGCGGUCGACCGAAGAUCCAGGCGCCGGUUCGCUUUUGCGAAUCACACGCAUCUGGCUGUCCGCUUCAAGCAACGAGCCCAUGUUUACAGGCAUUGUGCUCGUGCGACCAUCAAGGACAACGUUGGAAGCAUCGAGCAACGCGUCGCUCCACCCGCGCGAGUUGCUCUUGACCCACCGCUCAGAAUCUCACGCUCUGGCGGCGGUUGGCUGCAAGAUCUCCGUUCUGUCGCAUGCUGACUACGAACUCGGCCGAUCUGUGGGCUUUGCGGAGCGUGAUGUCUUUUUCAGCCGUUUCAAGCUUGCCACGACCGAGGACGGCGUUCUGUCGCUGCUGCCGUCGACUGAGGAGCCCCAGCGCCUCCUGCACACUGACUUUGUCUUGUUCUCGUCGGUGCAGUCGGCGCAGCUCGACUUGAAUCUGGUGGCCAACCAGCUGGCUGCUGGCGGAGUCACCAAUUCUACCAAGGUGGUCCGAGGCGGGCUGUCUGAGGCGGUCGGGGCGCCCGUGUUUGUGGUCAAUCCCCAAGAGCAGCAGUCCCUCCAAAAGCUCAACCGGGUGCAGCCGCCGCUCGCUCUGUUCGAUGUGGAGGUGCGUCAGAACAAUGCAGGAAUCCGCGCUGCCAUUGCCCAGGGCGUUUCAUCGAGUCUGCUGCACGAGCGCGUUUCCGAGCUGUGGCGUGCACUGUCGUCCUCUGAGAAGCGUGUCUAUGAAACGGUUGCGCUCAAGGCUGCAGAGGCGCUCCACACGCAGCAAGCGUCAGCCCUUCAAGCCAGUCUCGAGCGCCUGCGGUUGGAGCUGUCCGAGGCCAUUCAGGCGCGCUCACUGCGGGUGGCUGCCGAAAUCCCUCUGGUUGCCCAUGUCCCGGAGGAAACCGCCGUUGCAACCUUGCGCUUUGCCCCUGUCGGCCCUGCAGACGCCAUUCCCAGCACAGAGUACACGCCGGCGCUGUCUGUCGUUGCUGUUUGCGACAAGAUUGCUGCACCGGCUGCCGCACCUGCUGCGCACGGUGCCUCGGCCUCCUCGCGUUCAGGGAGCAGCUCGCGAAACACUGCGGCUGCCGGUCCGUCCGGAAGCAGCGGUGCCUACAUUGCAGCCAUGGCAUCGACCGUGCAGCAAGUCAUGGCCUACUCGGCGGCAGAUCUGGUCAAGUACGCGCGCUUGGCGGAGGCUCCCCCGCCUGCGGCCUCGGCGCUCCAACAACCUUCGUCGGCAUCGUCGCCGCGUGGGUUUGCAAUGUCUGCAACAGGAGCUAGCAUCGGGGCGUCUCCCAUCGGAACACCCAUGUCUCUCUCAACGACGCCGCUGUUUGGAGCUGCCGCAGCAGACUCUUUGAUGGCGGGCGGCUACAAGACACCCGUUCCUUCUCGCAAGGUCGAGCCGGCAGCUGCCGCCGCAGCAGCGACCCCAGCCGCCUACUUUAACACACCCUUGCAGUCCUCCAGCGCCAUGCUCUGCUGCUGGCUUGGCUGCUACAAGGGCCCUUUCCUGGAGCGUCAGGCGCUCCUGGACCACGUCGAACAGACGCACUUUGAUCCCCAAAACGCCGUGUGCCAGUGGGAGGAUUGCGAACGAGAGGGAAAGCGGUACACAUACUCCAACAAGCUCAUGACACACAUCGCAGACAGCCACCUCAAUCCACAAAGCAUUUCAAAGCAGAAGAAGAAGCGCGAAGAAGAAAUGGCAGCCCUGGCCUCUCCUGCGUCCUUGCCGUCCAUCGUCACCCGCACACAGAGCGCGUCGAGCGUCCAAGUACCACCAUCGCACGCGAUUGGCGGCAUCGGCGGUGGCCUUGUCAAUGACGGCGUGUUUUCGUCUCCGUUUGGUGUUGGCGCAGGAUCGCAAGUCUUCGCCCUCCGUCAGCCGGGUACUGGAGGUGCGUUUUCGAUCGCAAGCAACUACGGGCCCGUCUCCUUUGUUAUUCCUUCCAGUGCUCCGCAUCCAUCACAGCCACUGCCUGGCACUGCUGCCUACCCACGCCUCAAGAAGCAACUCGCGUCUGGCACCCCGCUGCCGACGCAGCCCACCCCGUAUGCAGCGCCCGCGCGGCUGUCUCGCCCUGGCCCCGCGAGUGUCACUCCCGCCACAGGGCCGCUGAGCGACCGUCCACUCCGUUCUGUUCGCGAGUUGCUGGCGAUUCCAGAAGCCGCCGCUGUGAAGCGUUCUGAGCGGUAUCUUCGGUUCCUGGGUGCGAACGGAGGCCAAACAGCCGAUGCCUCGCUCCAGGCGCGUGCAACGGAACUGAGUUCUUCUAGUGAACGGAUGGAGCAGGAUGCAACCGCGCUGUUGCAGAACAUUCUUGGCGCAGUGUAAAGGUUUGCUGUUGAUUCAGUCGGUUUGGUUUGCUUUUUCUUUUGAGUGUUGUUGUUAUUACAAAACUAUCUAAUUAACGAAAUAGUAUAGCAGUGAAAAUUUUGGAAAGGGCAUGGCACGCACGGCCUUCACGA